AUAAAGCAUUUCCGGAACUGGAGCGUGGAGCCGGGGAUGUCCCGGAAGUACUUCCCCCCGCUGUUCAACGUAGGAAAGAUGGCGACGGUGCAGGUCGCCAGCUCCCUGCUGGGCGGGUCGCCGCGAGAGGCGCCGCGGGAGCUACCCCGAGAGCUGGGCACUGGGUUCCGCCGCCUGUCGGCCAGGCUCUGCGCCUUGCGCCCGGAUGACAGCAGCUCCUCCCGCACCGAGAUCCACCUGCUCUUGGACCAGCUCAUCUCCGAGAACUACAGCGAGGGCGGCGGCGUGGCCCCGGAGGAGGUCAGCACUCUUCUCGUCCACGCUUGUCGGCUGGUGCCUCUCGGUCAGAACCAUCUCGUCAGCAAAGUGUCUCAGCUUAUCCACCAUUUACUUAACACGUUACAGGUGAUCGUGGAUGAGCAGAACCUGGACUUCCUGCUGGCGUACGCGGCGUCCGCCCUCCGGCAGUGCAGCUGCUGGACGCACGUGAAGGUGCUCCAGGCCCUGGCGGCGCUGGUUUACGGCAACGGCUCCAAGUGCCAGAAGUACCUCCCAGACUUACUGGGCAAGGGCGGACUCUUGGUGAAGUUGAGCGACUUGGCCCAGCCGGACCCCGAGGUUCGGAGGGCGGCAGUGCACUGCAUGGCGAACCUGUGUCUCAGUGUGCCCGGACAGCCGUACUUGGAGGAGCCCUACCAGAACAUCUGCUUCCAGGCUUUCUUGACCACGUUACAGUCUCCAAAGUCGCCUGACAUGGACGAUAUCACGUUCUGCAUGUUGUUACAAAAUGCCUUAAAAGGUAUUCAGUCUCUUCUAAACGGCGGGAAGAUGAAGCUGACACAGACCGAGGAGCUGGGCGCCCUCCUGGCUGUGCUGAAGAAAUCCAUGUUCCACGGGCUCCCCGGAAUACACGUAGAGAUGCCCGCGGUGCUGUACCCGACCCCGCUUCCGCAGUACGACGGGCGGCCGCCCGCCAGGCUGCAGCCCAGCGAGCCCAGCGCUUCCCGGCCGGCCGGGAAUAAAAAGAAAAAGUCAAAGGUAAAACCAAGGAAAAUGCAGCAAGGAGAAGAGGAGGAGGAGGAAGAGGAGUCCGGUGGAGAAAGAGAAGCGGCCCCAGGCGCCGGCUCGGGCCGAGCGAGCCUGCAGGAGCGGGGCGCACAGCCUCCCUGCCCCCUGGGUGUUCCGGGCUCGCCGUUCCAGGGGAGCGGAGCUGCCGCGGGGCAGGACCCAGUGCCCUCGCCCUUCAGCUCCUCCGUGUGGAAGCGGGUCAGCAGCAGCGAGUCGGACUACUCCGACGCCGAGGGAGGCAUGCAGAGUAAAAUGAGGUCCUACCAAGCCAAAGUUCGCCAGGGAGCGCUAGCGUGCUUUCUGUCCACGGUGAAGUCCAUAGAGAAGAAGGUCCUGUACGGCUACUGGUCCGCCUUCGUGUCCGACACGCCCGAGCUCGGGAGCCCGCAGUCCGUCUCCCUGAUGACGCUCACGCUGAAGGACCCCUCCCCGAAGACGCGUGCCUGCGCCCUGCAAGCCUUGUCUGCCAUCUUGGAGGGCUCCAAGCAGUUUCUCUCCGUUGCCGAGGACACCAGCGACCACAGGAGGGCCUUCACGCCCUUCUCCGCCAUGGUCGCGUCCAGCGUCCGAGAGCUGCACCGGUGCCUCCUGCUGGCGCUGGUGGCGGAGUCGUCCUCGCAGACCCUCACUCAGAUCAUUAAGUGCCUUGCGAAUUUAGUGUCCAACUCGCCUUACAACCGACUGAAGCUCAGCCUGCUGACCAAAGUCUGGAACCAAAUAAAGCCUUACAUCCGCCACAAAGAUGUUAAUGUCCGUGUGUCCAGUCUCACACUCUUGGGAGCCAUAGUGUCCACUCACGCACCCCUGCCUGAAGUCCAGCUCCUUCUGCAGCAGCCCUGCUCCUCCGGGCUCGGCAACAGCAACUCCGCAACUCCCCACCUGUGCCACCCUGACUGGUGGAAGAAGGCCCCCUCAGGACCCUUCCUGGAAGACGCGUCAGCCGGCUCCCCAGCGGGGUCCUCGGAGCCCUGCUGGCUCAUCCGACUCUGCAUUUCCACGGUCGUGCUGCCCAGGGAGGGCUGCUGCGCGGGCGGCGACGCCGGCUCUGCGGCGGGAAGCGCCCACGUGCCAUCCCCCAUGCGCCUGGAGGCCUUGCAGGUGCUGGCCCACCUGGCGAGGGGCUACUUCUCCGUGGCUCAGGUCUACCUGAUGGAGCUUGGAGAGGUGAUCUGCAAGUGCAUGGGGGAAGCAGAUCCGUCCAUUCAGCUCCACGGAGCGAAGCUUCUGGAAGAGCUGGGCACAGGCAUCAUACAGCAGUACAAGCCCGACUCGCCCCUCGCCCCCGGCCAGAGAGUGCCCGUCGCCUUGGUGGUGCUGUUCUGGACCGCGAUGCUGAGCGGCCCGCUGCCCCGGGCCCUGCAGAACUCCGAGCACCCGACGCUGCAGGCCAGCGCCUGCGAUGCCCUGUCGUCCAUCCUGCCGGACGCCUUCAGCAGCCUGCCGAGCGACUGGCAGAUCCUGUGCAUCACGGUGCUGCUCGGGCUGAACGACAGCAAGAACCGCCUCGUGAAAGCCGCCGCCUCGCGGGCCCUGGGCGUCUACGUGCUUUUCCCCUGCCUCAGACAGGACGUCAUCUUCGUGGCGGACACGGCGAAUGCGAUACUGAUGUCGCUUCAAGACAAGUCCCUGAACGUGCGAGCCAAGGCGGCCUGGUCCCUGGGCAACCUGACCGACACUCUGAUCGUCAACAUGGACACCCCAGACCCCAGUUUCCAGGAGGAGUUCUCCGGUCUCCUGCUCUUGAAGAUGCUGCGGUCGGCUAUAGAAGCAUCCAGAGACAAGGACAAGGUGAAAAGCAACGCGGUCCGGGCCCUGGGAAACCUGCUCCACUUCCUGCAGCCGUGCCACAUGGAGAAGCCCCGGUUCGCCGAGAUCGUGGAGGAGUCCGUCCAGGCCCUGAUCUCGGCCGUGCUGACCGAGGCCGCCAUGAAAGUCCGAUGGAACGCCUGCUACGCCAUGGGGAACGCGUUCAAGAACCCCGCUCUUCCGCUGGGAACGGCCCCGUGGACCUCCCAGGCCUACCACGCGCUGACCUCGGUGGUGACCUCGUGCAAGAACUUCAAGGUGCGCAUCAGGUCGGCCGCCGCCCUGUCGCUCCCGGGCAGGAGAGAGCACUACGGGCCGGCCGGCCAGUACGCGCAGAUCUGGCGGGCGCUGGUCACCGCCCUGCAGAGGAGCGAGGACACCACGGACUUCCUGGAAUUCAAGUACUGCGCCAGCCUCCGGACCCAGAUCUGCCAGGCGCUGGUUCACCUCUUGAGCCUGGCCGGCGCCCCGGACCUGCCCUGCAUCGGGGAGUCCCUGGAGGUGAACGGGGACAUGGUCCAGCCCUACAUUCUGCAGUUUUUAAAAUCGGGCGCAGAGGGAGAUGACAGCGGAGCCCCCCACGGCCCGCAGGGAAGGGACCAGAUGGUCAAAACAGCCCUGGAGCACGUGAGCGGUGUCCAGGCCCCGCCUGGCGACACAGCCCAGAGGGCCAUCGUGGGCUUUCUGCAGGACACCCUGGCCGUUUACUUUGACUCAGUCAGGUGCUAAGUGCACCCCCUGAUUGAAUGAAUCGGUGACUCUUCCACCAUGCUUCCCAGGGGUCAGGUGGUACCAGGAAAACCCAAGCCUGGGCAUCAGAUACGUCGACUAUACCGGUGACCUUAGGGGCAGAAGUGCUGGGUCGAGUAUUUAUUGAGAAUGAAUUAGCAGCUGUGUUCACUUUCUAACGGGGCUUAGCCACCUUAGAGAGUGGUCCUGCUGCAUCGGCCACGGUCUGGGUUGCUGGGACCUCCGACCUGUGUGACCAGGAGCCAAGGAGCUGGGUGGUAGGACGGGCUGAGCAGAGUGGGAGUGUGAAGGGUGUUUAGUCUCAGA